AUGGAUGCAAAGAUGAAUAUAGGCGGCAAGUAUCAGCACUCACAAACCCAGAGUCAACCACAGUCCAACUUGCAAGCACAACAAAUACUAUUACAGCAACUCCAUCAAGGCCAGUCGCAUUUACAGCUGCAGCAACUAUCACAACAACAACAAAGCUCAGGAACCAAUCUCGGGACAGGAUAUCAACCUAAUGAAAAUUUCACCGAUCAAAGUAUGUUUCAAAACAGUUUUCAACGAAACCAACCAUCUUUACAACAGCAGCAGCAGCAGCAGCAGCAACAGCAACAGCAACAGCAACAACAACUGUACUUUCCAUUUCAACAAGACCAAUCGGGCCAAUCAACUGGGAACAACAAUCAUUCCAUUAGUGGAACAGCUCUGCAAUUACAGCAAUCCUAUAAAUCGAACCCACAAUUGCCACGCCAACUUCCACAUCUUCAGCAACCGUUCUACAACCAGCAACAGACAAACGCACUUCUGAGCCAGCAAAAGCAACAGCAACAGCAGCAGCAGCAGCAGCAACAACAACAGGUUUCCCAACAGCAGCAAUUGCAAAUACAAACUCCAGUACCGAAAAAUAACAAGUUGAAUGUUGACAAUCCCAACACCAACCACUGGCAAUAUCAAGAGCAAUUGUGCGAGAUAUCAAGAUCAUUUAAGAUCCCACAUUCCUACGCCAGGCAAUAUGCAUCUAAUUCAAGGAAGUUGAAGAACCCCUAUAGCGAUGCCAAGUCCAUUGGAUUGAUUGAAGCGACAAAGGCAGUUGUAGCAAGCAUAGAGGAAGAGGAGCAAAAGAGGAGUAGUCUGGCUAGUAGCGAGACUCCAACAACAAGCUCAGCUUUGUUGCACAACAAGAAAAUUACCCAAGAUCUUGAUGACAAUUCAAUGGAAGAGCAACGAAUGAGAUUGAAAACGCAAGGCAGGCAAUUGUGGUGUCAAUUAGAUUUGAGCGGACAAGGCUUAGUAAACUUGUCUCCAAAGUUGUUUCAGUAUGAUUUCCUUGAGUCUUUGUAUUUGAACAACAACAAGCUAACAACUAUACCUCCUGCAAUAAGCAAAUUGAGAAGUCUAAGGAAUCUUGAUUUAUCAAACAAUAGAAUAAGUGAAAUACCCUUUGAACUUGGGUUAUGUUUUAAUUUGAGGUUUUUGUAUUUGUUUGACAACAAUAUUAGAACAUUGCCUAGUUCCUUUGGGAACCUUAUUGAGCUUUUAUUUUUGGGGAUUGAAGGAAACCCGAUGGAUUUGAACGUUGCCAAUUUGCUAGCAGAAAGAGGUACAAAGGCGCUUAUCGCAGCUAUAAGAGAUCAACAAGCCGUUCCAAAAGCACCAGAAGCAAGGCCUUGGUUGCAAGUUGAAGAUGACGGUGAAGUUGUUGAUGCAAAGGAAGUUUACACGCAAGAGAAUAACAAUCCACCUAAUGUUUUCACCUUGUUGUCCUACAACACCUUGUGUCAGCAUUAUGCAACGCCUAAGAUGUAUAAGUUUACCCCUUCGUGGGCUUUAGAGUGGGAGUAUAGGAGAGGUCUUUUGGAGAAGGAGAUUGUUGGGUAUGGUACUGAUAUCAUUUGUAUGCAAGAGGUUGAAACGAAAACAUUCAAUGAGUUUUGGCAACCACUCUUGACGCAGAAGGGUUAUAAGGGAUUGUUUUUCAACAAGACCAGAUCAAAGACCAUGGGUGAAACAGAUGCGAAAAAGGUUGAUGGUUGUGCAACUUUCUACAAAGUUGACAAGUUUACUUUAGUGCACAAACAAAACUUUGAGUACAACAGUGUUUGCAUGGGAUCAGAUAAAUACAAAAAGACCAAAGAUUUGUUUAAUAGGUUUAUGAAUAAGGAUAACAUUGCCUUGAUUUUGUACCUACAACAUAAAGAAACCGGCGAGAAAAUUUGCUUUGUCAAUACACAUUUACACUGGGAUCCCGCUUUUAAUGAUGUCAAGGCUUUACAAAUUGGUAUUUUAUUAGAAGAGUUACAGGGAACAUUAAAGAAAUACCAACAUGCCUCUUCUACUGAAGAAGUGAAGAACUCCGCCAUUGUAGUAUGUGGAGAUUUCAACUCAGUUAAGGAAUCAGCAGUUUACCAAUUGUUCUCCACUGGAGUCUCAAAGAACCACGAUGACAUGGCAAACAGGGAUUAUGGCAAGUUCACUGAAUCCGGGUUCCAUCAUCCAUUCAAGUUGAAAUCCGCAUACGAGCCCUUGGGUGAAUUACCGUUUACCAAUCUCACUCCUGCGUUCACGGAUAAUAUCGACUAUAUAUGGUAUUCAACAUCAACUUUACAAGUAAAAGGAUUAUUAGGAAAAGUUGAUGAGAAUUAUGCUGCAAACUGUAUUGGUUUUCCAGAUGCAAACUUUCCAUCUGAUCACGUUCCUAUUUUGGCAAAGUUUCAAAUCAAGAAACCAGUACAGAACCGUUGA